AUGUCUUGGGCAACCUCAGGUCCUGGGUUUUGGGGCGCGGCUGCAGGAUGCCUUUUCUUAGCCUGGGUCACCUACAGCAUCAUCUAUGCCUUCUGCUGGUCGCCCCUGCGCCACUUCCCCGGUCCAAAGCUAUGGGCGAUAUCUCGCAUCCCGUCCAAUCUCUCCGUCAUCAGUGGUCAUAACCACCUGGACAUUCUGGCUCUGCACAAGAGGUACGGUCCCAUCCUGCGCCUUGGACCCAAUGAGCUGGCCUUCAAUACAGCAGAGGCCUUUCGCGAUAUCUACGGUGCCAGACCUGGUGGUUGCUUCCCCAAGAACCGGAGCAACUAUAUAGCCCCUGUGAAUGGUGUCGAUCAUUUGGUCUGUGCAGUCGAUCAUGCGACUCACGCAAGACAGAAACGGCUGCUAGCUCAUGCCUUCUCUGAUAAGGCUCUGAGAGACCAAGAAGGUCUCAUCACAGGCUAUAUCGAUAGGAUGAUCACCAAACUACGGUCUCAAGUUCGGCAGGGGACUUCCACCGUCGAUAUUAGAAGUUGGAUGAACUUUACCACUUUUGAUAUCACCGGUGACCUCAUGUUUGGCGAGUCCUUCGACUGCCUGAAGGACAGCCAGCUUCAUCCGUGGAUCAAAUUGAUUUUCACCUCUAUGAAGGCUCUUGCCUAUAUUGGCGUUGUAAAUCAGUUCCCUAUGCUCAAGGGGCUCUUGGACUUAUUCCUUCCGCGGGAGGUUAAACGCGUGGGCCAGGAACACUUCGAUCUCAGUGCGCAGAAGGUCGACCGACGCUUGCAAUCAAAUAUGGCUCGUCCGGACUUUAUGUCUGCUAUUCUCCAGCAUGGAUUGAGCGAGGAGAAGGGCCAAUAUCGCGAGAGCGAGCGUAUCAUGACACGGGCUGAGAUUCAUUCUAAUGGUUUUAUUCUAAUUGUGGCCGGUAGCGAAACAUCCGCAACCCUCCUAUCCGGCUGUAUCUUCUACCUGUGUACAGCUCCCUACGUCAUGAGCCGACUCGUCACCGAGAUCCGCUCCAAUUUCGAACAGGACAGUGACAUGACCUUCCGCGCUGUGGAGGAACUGAAAUACAUGAACGCUGUCAUCGAGGAGUCGCUGCGUAUCUAUCCGCCCUUCGUGACGAGUCUGUCGCGCCUGGUACCGCGAGGCGGAGCAGCAGUGGAUGGCCAUUUUCUCCCUGAGGAUACUGCUGUGGCAUGUCACCAUUACGCCUCCUACCACUCCGAGUCCAACUUCGCCUUCCCGGAUAAGUUUAUGCCAGAACGCUGGCUGGAUUCAAACCCGGUCUUUGAGAAUGACAAAAAGGAUGCCCUGCAGCCAUUCAGCCUUGGCCCGCGCGUCUGCCUUGGGAAACAUCUAGCAAACUGUGAAAUCCGCCUCAUUCUUUGCAAGCUCCUCCACCACUUCGACAUAACCCUACGCCCAGAGAGCGCCAACUGGGCCGACCAGAAAGUCUAUUUCCUCUGGGAUAAGCCGGCUCUCAUGGUCACGCUGAAAGACCGAUUUCCUGACGCGGGAAUGCCGGCCGCUCAGGAGCCCAUGCCUCUGUUUUCAGAAUGA